AAAACUCUAUGUCGUCCCAACUUUGUUCUCACGAAUGAACUCCCCUCUCAUCCACACGAGCAGCGCUCUUACUAUUCAGUCCUUCACUUCUUGACCAAAGAUCCGGCAUCUCCCUACUACUUUCUAAACAACACAGAAGCUUUCUUUUUUAAUAUCUCCCCACACCCCGUCUCCGGUUUCCCAUCUUCCUCUCGGGUUCCACUUCAAGCCAGUUUAGAUCCACACUCUCUCUCUCACCAGUCCGCAAGACUCCAAGUCGUCGUGAUAUAAUACCCGCUGCCCAGCCAUAUCAAAGAAACAAAACAAAAAUUACCGCCAAAAUGAAGUACAGCCUCGUCGCCUUCCUCGCCGCCACGGCCACCGCGGCCCCACUUAACAUCAACCUGGGUGCUUACUCUCCUGCCCUGGUGGUCGGUGAUGGUGAGAUUUCUUUCGCCGGGGGCGGAGCCGCAGGGGCGGAGGGCCUCGUCAACACCCUCCAGGGUGCCGCCGCCGCCAGCAACGGAGCCGUUGCCCAGGGCCAGGCCGUCGCCCCCGCCGGCCAGGGUCUCCAGCAGGCCUCGGUCAUCAACGAGCCGGCUUCUCUCCCCAUUCCAGGCGUAACUAAGGAGCUCGACCCCCGCCAGGCUGAGGAGGAGGAAGAGGAUGAGGAGGUUGCCGAGAUCGAGGCCCGGCAAGAACCCGAGGGCGGCCUGCAGAAGCGCCAGAACGGCUUCGACCGCGCCCUAACCUACGCCGAGGCCGCCCUCCAGAAGGGACCCAAGAUCCAGCUCGGCACCCCCGCCGCCGGUGUUGGUAUUAUCGUCGACAACAACCAGCAGGCCGCUGGACAAGUCACCCCUGCCGAGUAA